UUCUGCUCAGUCCUGAAAAGUGAGCCGCUCCCGGGUUUGCAACCUCAAGCUUCGCAGCAGCGGCGGCGGCGGCGGCGGCCGGGAAGGAGGCAGGUGCAGGUGCAGGAGGGAGGCGGCUCUGGGCUCCGCGCCUGGGUCUCGGCCAUGGCCUCAGUCCUGGGGAGCGGCAGAGGCUCUGGAGGGCUGAGCAGUCAACUCAAAUGCAAGUCCAAGAGGAGGAGGCGGCGGAGGUCCAAGCGGAAAGAUAAAGUAAGCAUAUUGUCAACCUUCCUCGCUCCCUUCAAGCACCUGAGUCCUGGUACCACAAACACGGAGGAUGAAGACACCCUAAGUACCAGCAGCGCGGAGGUGAAGGAGAACCGCAAUGUGGGCAACCUGGCCGCGCGGCCACCGCCCCUGGGGGACCGGGCCCGGGGCGGUGCCCCUGGUGCGAAGAGGAAGCGGCCGCUGGAGGAGGGGAAUGGAGGACACUUGUGCAAACUGCAGCUGGUCUGGAAGAAGCUGUCGUGGUCCAUGGCGCCCAAGAACGCGCUGGUGCAGCUGCACGAGCUGAGGCCGGGCCUGCAGUACCGGACAGUGUCGCAGACGGGCCCGGUGCACGCCCCGGUCUUCGCGGUAGCGGUGGAGGUGAACGGGCUCACGUUCGAGGGCACGGGCCCCACCAAGAAGAAGGCCAAGAUGCGCGCGGCCGAGCUGGCGCUCAGGUCCUUCGUGCAGUUCCCCAACGCCUGCCAGGCGCAUCUGGCCAUGGGCGGCGGCCCGGGCCCUGGCACGGACUUCACCUCUGACCAGGCGGAUUUCCCCGACACGCUCUUCCAGGAGUUCGAGCCCCCGGCGCCACGCCCAGGCCUCUCGGGAGGCCGCCCCGGGGACGCCGCGCUUCUGUCCGCGGCCUACGGGCGACGGCGGCUGCUGUGCCGCGCGCUGGACCUGGUGGGCCCGACCCCCGCGACCCCCGCGGCCCCUGGUGAGCGCAACCCCGUGGUGCUGCUGAACCGCCUGCGCGCUGGGCUGCGCUACGUGUGUCUGGCGGAACCGGCUGAGCGGCGCGCGCGGAGCUUCGUGAUGGCCGUGAGCGUGGAUGGCAGGACGUUCGAGGGCUCGGGGCGCAGCAAGAAGCUGGCCCGGGGUCAGGCCGCGCAGGCCGCGCUGCAGGCGCUUUUCGACAUCCAGAUGCCCGGCCACGCGCCCGGCAGAGCCAGGAGGACGCCAGUGCCGCAGGAAUUCGCAGACUCCAUAUCCCAGCUGGUCACACAGAAGUUCCGCGAGGUGACGAUGGACCUCACGCCCAUGCAUGCCCGCCACAAAGCUCUGGCAGGAAUCGUCAUGACCAAAGGACUGGACGCUCGGCAAGCACAGGUCGUGGCCCUGUCGUCGGGGACCAAGUGCAUCAGCGGUGAGCACCUCAGUGACCAGGGGCUGGUGGUGAAUGACUGUCACGCGGAGGUGGUGGCCCGGCGGGCGUUCCUGCACUUCCUCUACACGCAACUGGAGCUGCACCUGAGCAAGCGGCGCGAGGACUCGGAGCGAUCAGUAUUUGUGCGGUUAAAAGAAGGCGGCUACCGGCUGCGGGAAAACAUCCUCUUCCAUCUCUACGUGAGCACCUCCCCCUGCGGAGACGCAAGACUCCACUCACCCUACGAGAUCACCACCGACCUGCACAGCAGCAAACACCUCGUCAGGAAGUUCCGCGGGCACCUGCGCACCAAGAUCGAGUCCGGGGAAGGGACAGUCCCCGUGCGUGGCCCCAGCGCAGUGCAGACCUGGGACGGCGUCCUGCUGGGGGAGCAGCUGGUCACCAUGUCCUGCACGGACAAGAUUGCCAGGUGGAACGUCCUGGGGCUGCAGGGCGCGCUCCUGUCCCACUUCGUGGAGCCCGUGUACCUGCAGAGCAUCGUGGUGGGCAGCCUGCACCACACGGGCCACCUCGCGCGCGUCAUGAGCCACCGCAUGGAGGGUGUCGGCCAGCUGCCCGCCUCCUACCGGCACAACCGGCCUCUCCUCAGCGGCGUGAGUGACCCCCAGGCGCGCCAGCCGGGGAGGUCGCCCCCCUUCAGCGUGAACUGGGUCGUGGGCAGCGUGGACCUGGAGAUUAUCAACACCACCACGGGGCGGAAGAGCUGCGGGGGCCCCUCCCGGCUCUGCAAGCACGUGCUGUCUGAGCGGUGGGCACGGCUCUAUGGCAGGCUGAGCACACGGACACCCAGCCCCGGAGACACGCCCUCCAUGUACUGUGAGGCCAAGCUGGGGGCGCACACCUACCAGUCUGUGAAACAGCAGCUGUUCAAGGCCUUUCAGAAGGCUGGCCUGGGCACCUGGGUGAGGAAGCCGCCAGAGCAGCAGCAGUUUCUACUGACUCUCUAGGCUGCGGGCUCCCGGCUGCUGGAGCUGAGCGGGACGUUGGAGGGACGGGGCCGUGUCUGGGCAGCGACGCAGCGGGUUGGCCGGUUCCCUGCAUUCGUUUUCCUUUGAUGUUCCAGAAACACGCGAGUGUGCAAUGUUUGGACAAGCAAC